CUUUUAUCUUCUGGUGAGAAAGCUCUAGUACGCUUUUGUUAGACCUAAGUCCAGGAAAUUAGAACAGGGAAGUGACCUGGAGUGGUGGGAGCGUCUGUUGAAGGCCUGGGACUGGCGGAAGGACGGGAAAGACGAGACUUUUUGAAGUCUUCAAAAUGGAGGAGGAGGAGGAGAAGUGGCAUGAAGGUCCGACUGUGGAAGAUGUCCUUUCCUCAGUGCUCAAGAGUAAGAGCAAGUUUGGGAAAAUCAAAUUAUCGCUGCCUCCGCGUCCACCACGGAGAACAACUCUUCAUGUCAAAGAAACCGAGUGGGGAUGACCUGCCAAAGGCAAAAACAGAAGAACUGCAUUCUCUACUACAUGGGAAGGACAAGGCAGGUUUUGAUGAAGGUAGCAGUGCUCAGGGGAAUACAGGAGAACUAAAUUCGAAAGAAAUCUCAGGAAGAGUCUCACCCCAGAACAGAGAGAAGUUAAAUCCCAGUAACUAUGGUAGACAUCACUUAUCAGUGUCUUCAAGCAAAAUUUUGCGGUCUGUUUCUACCCCAGAAAUGAGGGACAAAUAUAGUUUUCAAAGGUGCAACUGGAGUGACAGCUGCAGAAAUGGUGAAGCCUGCUGCAAGUAG